AUUGUGUAUCAACCCACAGAAGCCCCUCGAGCUUACCGACGAGUUCUCAAGAGGUCUCGGUCACUCAACGGCCAGUAAGCACCACUGUACAAGACAAAAUCAAUUGCCGACAUAUCGUCUCCUCUAACUUCUACACCGACCCCCAUCGGACUCGGCGCUGAAAACCUAUUUUCCCGAUCCAUGGCCGUGGAGCCGCCAAGCAUGGAGAAAAUGGAAUCAUCGUGCUCCGAUGCUUUGCAAUCUUCGCGCUCUUUGCCUUCCAGGUUAGGGAAACUCGACGGAGACGCAGCGUCGGAGACGUCCUCCAUUCACUCUCUUGAGAACUCUGAGAGAAAGGAAGCUGAUGUGUCGGUGUCAUCGGCUAGGAGCGAGGAGUACAGGCUGCUAUUCCGUCUCCCUCCUGAUGAGGUCCUUGUUCAGGAUUUCAACUGUGCCCUUCAGGAAAAUAUACUUCUUCAGGGACACAUGUAUCUGUUUGUUCAUCAUAUAUGCUUCUAUUCGAACAUAUUUGGAUUUGAGACAAAGAAAACAAUUCCUUUUCAUGAAGUCACAUGCGUGAGGAAAGCAAAAACUGCUGCAAUUUUUCCCAAUGCCAUAGAAAUUGCUGCUGGUGUGAAGAAGCACUUUUUUGGUUCUUUUUUGUCACGUGAUGAGGCUUAUAAGCUAAUUGUGGAUGGUUGGGCACAACAUGCUGGUGAUGCUAGAUUCAUCCUUGAGGACUUGAAAGCUGAAACCAGCAUCGAAGACAUUGCAAAUGCUAUUGCAGAGAGAGAAAGAGGGGCGAAACAAUUUGCUGAUGACUUGCCAUCUUCUUGCAGGAAUAGUGAUGCAAACUUUGAAGAGUGCAUGCUAUUAUCAAAUGGCAAAACAGAUGCUACUUUAUUAGAAAACAAGGAAGAAGAAAGUAAUAAUCGAGAAGAAAAUACAGAGAGUCAUUCAGGACAUGUAUCAUUGCAAUGUGAAGAUAUCGAUGCUCCUAAGGUUCCUGAAAAUUUUACAAAUUGUUGCCCAGGCAAAGUUUCCGGUAGCGUGAGACUUAAACAUGUUUGUGUGGAGGAGUUUUUUAAUAUUUUCUUCUCUGACCAAGCUUAUAAUUUUGUGGAGUGCUUCCAUAAGAAAUGUGGAGACAAAGACUUUCAAUGCACUUCUUGGCGUCGGCAUGAACAAUUUGGAUACAUUCGUGAUUUGUCUUUUUUGCAUCCUAUCAAACUAUAUCUUGGGGCGAAAUAUGGGCGUUGUCAGGAAGCUCAAAAAUUUCGGGUCUACAGGAAAAGCCAUUUAGUGAUAGAGACGUUACAGCAAAUUGCAGACGUGCCUUAUGCAGAUUACUUUCUUGUGGAGGGCAUAUGGGAGGUCCAGCAAAAUGGCAAUGAAGAAAAUGGUUGCACAGUUCGUGUUUAUUCAAAAGUUUCUUUUUCAAAGAAAACAAUAUUUAGAGGGAAAAUAGAGCAGUCAACAAGAGAAGAGUGCCGUGAGGUUUAUGGUAUAUGGAUUCAGAAUGCACAUGAACUAUUCAAGAAGAAAGUUGGCAAGCAGGAAGAUAUAUAUACAGUUCAGGGUAGUGAUGUAAGAUCACAAAUUUCAGAACUGGUGGAAACAUCGGAGCUGCUUCCUCAAGCUUCAUCUGCAGAUAUGCAGCAAACUCUGCCUCAUCCCGAGAAUUUUGAACCACUGAUCGAAAAUGCUGUUCAAGAACAUUCUACAAGUCUCAAUUUUGGAUCAUCUGUUAUAAAAGAAACAUGGGUGGCCUCCAUGUCUUAUCUCAAGUCCGAUAGUUAUCUACCGCUUGUACUAGGUGUUAUAGGAUUAGUUGCAGUGCUGAUCCUAAUGCAGGUGAGUAUUAUUGUGCUGUUAAGUAGGGUACCUGAAGUUCAUCUUGUUACGCAAGGCAGCUCUAUUGGUGAACUUGGAAAUUAUAGAAAAGAGAACUUAGAAUGGUUGGACAAACGUUUCUACUAUCUUAAAGAAGAAAUGAGCAUGGUUGAAGCCAGACUCGAAGCAAUGCGAAAUGAACAUGCAAUAUUGAAGAUGCAUCUUCAAAACUUAGAGCGGGUGAAGCACAAAGCAAGAAAAUAGUGAGCAAGCAAGUUUUGGGCGCCGUCAAUACUGAUACAAGCUGCAAUUGUAUAAAUUACAUGUUUUUUCAUUAUAAGAUAAAUGUAAUUAUAAACUGUAUGUGGAUGGGGGCAGUUAUGCAUUUAAAAUAUUGUUGUAAAUUAUUGCAGGGUGCAAAACUAGAAGAGUUAGAUAUAGGGAUCCAAACAUUCUUUUAAGAAAUAUUUCAAUUGUAAGCUUUUAAAAACAAAGUAUAUACUGAAUUGCAAAGGCAGCUUAUAGUCAACAGUUUGAAGUUAUGUGCUG